AUGAAUAGGACUUUGAAAGAGAAAUUAGCAAAAAUCUGUGUACAUACAGGGCUAAAAUGGCCAGAAGCCCUAAACUUAGCUAUAUGGGACACUCGGAAUACUCUGAAACAGCUCAUAGGGUUAAUACCUGCAGAAAUUCUUUUGGGGAGACAUUUAACUAUACCAGGAACCUACAUCCCAGCCAAGACUAGCCUAUUGGAUGGAGAUGAGUGGUUGACUCGGUAUGUACUAGCUAUGCAAAAAAGACUUGAAACUUUUAGAAAACAAGUCCGAUGGUACAAACCCACUCCACCAAAAAUAUGGAUGCAUGAUAUAUUACCUGAAGACAAGGUUUUGAUUAAAGUGUUUUUACAAAAGUCUAAAUUAGAACCAAACUGGGAGGGACCAUACACUGUUUCAUUAUGUUCUUACUUUGCUGUUAAAGUCGCAGCCCAGGGUGCUGUUGGGCUGCUGUGCUGCCAAGGCACGCUGCUGGCUUACACUCGAGCUCCUCGCCCCUCAAGACCCCAAGGUGCUGCAGAGCUGCUCCUGAGCCAGUCAGUUCUGGCCUGUAUCACUGCAAGGGGCGCUUCCUUCCAGGAGCAGGAACUGGCUAUUCUCAUUUUCUGCUGGGUUUAUGUGCGCAAGUAUCAGAGUCGACGGGAAAGCGAAGUAAUUUCUACCAUAACAGCUAUUUUUGCAUUGGCAGUUGCUCUUAUCUCAUCAGCACUACUACCAGUGGACAUCUUCUUGGUUUCCUAUAUGAAAAACCAAAAUGGUACAUUUAAGGACUGGGCUGAUGCUAAUGUUUCAAGACAAAUUGAAGACACUGUACUUUAUGGAUAUUACACUUUGUACUCCAUCAUAUUGUUCUGCGUCUUUCUGUGGAUUCCCUUUGUCUAUUUCUAUUAUGAGGAGAAGGAAGAAGAUGAUGGCAGCACAUGCUCUCAGGUUAAAACUGCACUCAGAUACACUCUGGGAUUCCUCACAAUUUGUGCAGUUCUUCUCUUAAUUGGUGCUUUUGUUCCGUUGAAUAUUCCCAACAAGAAGAAUUCCACAGAGUGGGAGAAAGUGAAGCUGCUGUUUGAAGAAUUUGGAAGUAGUCAUGGCUUGACUGCUCUUUCAUUUUCCAUUAGUUCCUUGACUGUGAUUGGAAUGUUGGCAGCCAUCACUUACACAGCUUAUGGUAUGUCAGCUUUGCCUCUAAACUUGAUUAAGGGAACUACUAGUGCUGCAUAUGAACGUUUGGAGAACACUGAAGAUAUUGAAGAAGUGGAACAACACAUAUUAAGGAUUAAAUCAAAGUGCAGAGAUGGUCGGCCCCUAUCAUCAAGAGACAGACGGGCUGUACAGCAACUUGAAGAGAGAUUAAGGACGCUUCGAAGAAGAGAGAGACAUCUGGAAUUUAUUGAGAAAAGUUGGUGGGCAAAGUUCUGUGAAGCUAUCAGACCUCUAAAGAUUGUGUGGGGAGUAUUCUUCAUCAUCGUGGCGCUGCUUUUCACUGUCUCUCUCUUUUUGUCAAAUUUGGACAAGGCUCUACAUUCAGCUGGCUUCGAUUCUGGAUUUAUAAUUUUAGGAACUAAUCUGACCAAUCCAUUGAAUAUGCUUUUACCUGUUCUUCAAACAGUUUUUCCACUUGAUUAUAUUCUUAUUACAACUAUUGUCAUGUACUUUAUCUUCACUUCAAUGGCAGGCAUUCGAAAUAUGGGUAUAUGGUUCUUCUGGAUAAGGCUUUAUAAAAUUAGACGGGGAAAAACUCGACCUCAAGCACUCUUAUUUCUCUGUAUGAUACUUCUAUUGAUAGUUCUUCAUACAAGCUACAUGAUCUACAGUCUUGCCCCUCAGUAUGUAAUGUAUGGAAGCCAAAAAUACCUGGUACAGCAGAGUAAUAAGACAAUUGAUGGCCGGUUGAGGAAUGUGACAACAUUUGUAUCAAAAGACUGUGAUGCAGAUGCACCUGAAGAUCAGUGUAUUGUUACUCGGACAUACCUCUUUCUUCACAAAUUUUGGUUCUUCAGUGCUGUCUAUUAUUUUGGGAACUGGGCAUUCAUCACAGUCUUCUUAAUUGGAUUAAUUGUAUCAUGCUGCAAAGGAAAGAAAUCAGUCAUUGAAGGCGAAGUGGAUGAAGAUGAUUCAGACAUGAGUGAUGAUGAACUAUCUGUUUAUUACCGUUGACAGCCUUUUGCCUUCAAGGUUAAAAAAAAGUAAUUGAAAGUUCUGGUGGAAGUCUUACCCGUGUGGAAUUCCUAUCCAAAUAGGCAGCUGUGCACUUAUAAAAACAGAAGAUAAGUGUACUCAUUUAAAUGGGAUGAGAAAACUGAAUAUUUUUGAGUAUCACUGUAUCAGAGAAAGUGUAGAAGCUGGGUUUGAUUAAUAUAUAAGAAAUGCUGUUUUAUGAUUAAAUGUAUAUGUUGUGUAACUUUCCAAUGUACAAUUUGAUAAAAUGUUUGCAAUUAUUUCAUAGUUCAUGUUGCUUUUUUGUUAGCUUAGGUUUCUUAAAUACUUUCAUGGCUUACUUGUAGGACAGUUUUAUGCAAGCUUGUUUAUAAAUAAAAACUAGCUGCUAUUCGACAGAAUAGCUAGUAAACAUUGCUAGAAACACUUGAAUGAAGCUUUCACUUUCAGAAGGAUGCUACUUGCAUAACUUUUACAUUAGUUUUGCUGACAUUUGUGAUUUCUGUAUAAAACUAUAGUUAAAAGAUACUGCCCUUAAAGUAUUCCCGAAACAUCAUCUUGAUAAAGUGAUGAGUUCCCAGAAUGUGAGGAAUAAAUAAUUUCCAUUUUCCCCAUUUAGGUUACUAUGGAAUCUUCUGGUAUCCGUGAGGUAGCUUUUGCUCUACCAGGAAAUCAUUAGUGUAAAUGACAAUGUUCAGUGUUGUCGGUGUGGUCAAGUUCUGCCAGGUGCCUAACUUAAUAAUGGAAUAAUUAAGAUAGGAUUAAUUUUUAUAACUUAAUUUCUCUUUAUAAUGCAGAUUGUGUAGUUUGAAGUUUUUCUUCCAAUAUUUAGUAUCAAUAUCAACUUGUUUACAAGCCUAUAUGUUUGUAUAAACACAAUUCAUAAAGACUUUUCAUUCAUGUCCUCUUCACAAAAUGCUGACUAUGUGGUUACUCAGCUUUAUUUUUAAGGUUGAAAAUAGUCUUCAAAUGUCCUUUGACAGCCUCCAAAAGAAACUAUAUUUAAUAGUACUAAGUACUUGGCAUUAGAAGUUUAAACUUUAAUACUGCCUGAGGGGAAAUUAUGGUCCAUGCAUGCACAUGGAAAUAUUUAAGUAAUAUUUUAUAAGACUAAUUGUUAAACAAUUAUUGAAGUGUACUGAGGUUAUUAAUGUAUUAUUCCCUUCUUGCCUGUUGGCAGACUCUUAAAGCUGGCAGUUCCCUGCUCAAUGAUCUGAAAACCAGUCUGCCUCUUCCUGUAGUGUUCUAGGAACUUUGGAAUUUUAAUUCUGUUUCAAUAUUUGAAGAAGUCAGAAUUGCUUAUUUUAAAGAAUUCAUGAAUGGAGAGAAUCAAUGUUUACUGUUUUACAUGAACAAAAUGAGUCUUUGAGUCUUAAGUCUUGUGUCAACUACUCCAUGAUCCAUAUUUGUGACAACCUGGUAUGAUGUUGGUGUUGCAUCCUGAUCAUAAGUUUGAAAUAUGUGGUCAAGUUUGCUGGACUAAUAGCAACCAAUUUGUUUCCCAGUGAGACACAUGAAAGGAUGAAUAUUCAGACCCUGAUAGCAGGUGCAGAGACUUGAGUAAGUGAUCUGUUUGAACUCCAUUUGGCUAACAUUAACUGAACACUAUUUGAACCAUGACCGCAGGCAAAUUUCCAAAGAAGGAAUUUUUCUUGUAUAAAAAAAAAAAAAAAAAAAA